GUGGGGCAGUAUAAAUUAGGCCUUCCGCUUUCAUCGACAAAGCACCGUUAGCUAAGAAACAAAGAAUUAGGGCCACAGAGACAUUGGGGAUUUCUUCAAGGGUGGUUACCCCUCUCUGUUUACCCAAUGAUUUCUUCAUUCUCAAAAACUAACAGCCCCUUAAAGAGAAGUAGAAAGCAGAGGAGAAACUUUUCUUCCGCACAUACAUUCCCACAACUAUUCAAUCAUUCUAUCUAUCUUUCAUUCCAAUUCCAGAUCCAGUUUCACUUCUCCUCUUUAGUUUUCAAGCCCUAAAGGGUUUGGAUGCUUAGGCAAAAAUGGCAUGUUCAAAUGCAAAAGAAGGUCAACGGUUUCAUCCUAGAGGGGAUGGACCAUUCCACGUCAUUGAAAGGAUUGAAAACAAUAGCUACAACUUGGAUCUUCAAGGCAAGUUUGUAAUAAUUUACAUUUGCUUCGAUGUUUCUUAUCUUGCUCCGUUUUAUGCAGAUACAAAUUCGAGGUUGUAUCCUUUUGAAAAAGAAUGUAAUGAUACGAUCCAAGUAAGGCCACAAUCAUACGAAGUUCAGGUUCAACUUGAAGAGGAAUCAAUGACGAGAUUGCAAGUAAAUAGGAUCAAUGAAGCCAUGCAUUUACUUGCUCAAAUUAUGGAGACUAAAGAGUUUGAAGUUAAUAAGCCAAACAUUAGGUUUCAUGUUGGGCUUGAAAGCGAAAAACAAGUUGGAUGCAUUGGAAUCAAGAAAACAAAAUUAGAAGCCAGUUGGAUAACUAUACUAUCUCGUAAUACAGAAGGAGAUGCUGUCGCAUGUACUAUUCCCAAAACAAGAGGGUGAAAUAUUGGUUGUUCUAUGCGGUUGAUGUAGUUAUAACAAUGCAGUCGUGCAGUUCAUCUUCUAGAUGCGUUUUUUUAUAUUUUUCCUUUAUGUCUAUUUUUCGAUAUGAUUCAUCCUUUUCAUUGUAAAAAUACACAAUUAUUGAGAUAUUAUUGUGAGACAUAUUGCUUUCAACU